UGUGUCGUUGGGAAGGGCUCGUAAGUAAACAUUCCAUGGUGAAGUCUACACCAGUUGUAUUCGGCCCAUGUGACAAAUACAAUUAGAUGUUAUAUUAUUUGAUUUAAAUGGUUUCUUUUUCUAAAACGUUUUUCCAACAGAAUCCGACUAAUGAAUACACCCCUGAAGUUCAAUCAAACCCGCAAUUUAAUUUUUUACUGUACGAAGAUAGGCUACUCGCACCGCGAUCUGACACUUCCUCCAGCUUUGGCAACAUCCGGAUUCCAGUCGAGAUGGUCAUGGCGGAGGGUGCAGCUGUUAUGAGGAGGAAUCGACCAGGGACUAAAGAAAAGGACUUCUACAACUGGCCCGAUGAGUCAUUCGAGGAGAUGGACAGCACACUGGCUGUGCAGCAGUACAUCCAACAGAACAUCCGUACAGACUGCUCCAACAUGGACAAGAUCCUGGAGCCCCCAGAGGGUCAGGAUGAAGGGGUCUGGAAGUACGAACACCUCAGGCAGUUCUGUUUGGAGCUGAACGGACUUGCUGUGAAACUACAGGGAGAAUGCCACCCAGACACAUGCACCCAGAUGACGGCAACAGAGCAGUGGAUCUUCCUCUGUGCUGCACACAAGACUCCCAAAGAGUGUCCAGCCAUCGACUACACCAGACACACUCUGGACGGCGCCGCCUGCCUCCUCAACAGUAACAAGUACUUCCCUAGCAGAGUGAGCAUUAAAGAGUCCUCAGUAGGGAAACUGGGUUCAGUUUGUCGACGGAUCUACAGGAUAUUCUCCCACGCUUACUUCCACCAUCGUCAGAUCUUUGACAAGUAUGAGGAAAAGUCAAGCGAAUGCUCUUGCCCUCUCCAGAAUGAGACGUUCCUGUGCCAUCGGUUCACGCGCUUCGUGAUGAAGUACAACCUGAUGUCCAAGGACAACCUGAUCGUACCCAUCAUGGAGGAUGAGACUAACCCUAACGAAGCAGAGGGCGAGAACGACGCCUGAGGACUGGGAUGUGAAGAGGAUCUGCUACACCCUGCCAAACUAUUUCAAACACAUGGCUGUCACACACACACCCACCCACAACCACACAAUACUCUCAAAAGCACACUAAAAUCACCAGUUUAAGUAGAAUAUUUUCAAUAUUGUAUGAACAUCCUAAUUUAAUUUAGCUUGUAUGUUUCAGAGAACAAGACAUUGUUGUGGUUAAAUGACUAACCAAUACACACUGUGGCCAGUUAAUUAGGUACACCCAUCUAGUACCGGGUCAGACCCCGCUUUGCCACCAAAACAGCCUGAAUUCUUCAGGGCAUGGAUUCUACAAGGUGUCGGAAACGUUCCACAUGGAUGUCGGUCCAUGCAGACGGGAUGGCAUCACGCAGUAGCUGCAGAUUGGACGGCGGUACAUUGAUGCUGCGAACAGCCCGGUCUACCUCAUCCCAAAGAUGCUCUCUCUAUUGGGUUUGGUCAGCAACAAUGUUCAGAUACGCUGUGGCGUUCGAUCGUUGCUAAAUUGGUAUCAAGGGACCUAAAGUGUGCCAGGAAAAUGUUCCCCACACCAGUACACUACCGCCACCAGCCUGUACCGUUGACACCAGGUAGGAUGGGUCAACGCACUCGUGCUGCUUACUCCAAAACCUGACUCUGUCGUCAGCAUGAACCGGGAACCGGGAUUCGUCAGACCAGGCAAGGUUUUUCCACUCCUCAAUUGUCCAGUGUUGGUAAUUGCGUUCCCACUAGUGCUUCUUCUUUGUUUUAGCUGAUAGGAGUGGAACCCCGUGUGGUCGUCUGCUACAAUAGCCCAUCCGUGACAAGGAUCGACUAGUUGUGCGUUCCGAAAUGCCGUUCUGCACACCACUGUUGUACUGUGCCGUUAUUUGCCAGUUAGUGGCCAGCCUGUUAGCUUGCAUGAUUCUUGCCCUUCUCCUUCGACCUCUCAUCAACGAGCUGUUUUCACCCACAGGACUGCCGCUGACUGGAUGUUUUUUGCUUGUCGCACCAUUCGCGGUAAACUCUAGACACUGUCGUGUGUGAAAAUCCCAGGAGGCCGGCCCUUUCGGAGAUACUGGAUCUGGCGCACCUAGCAGACAAUCAUACCACGCUCAAAGUCACUUAGGUCGCUAGUUUUACACAUUCUAGCAUUCAAUCAAACAGUUACUGAAUGGCUCGAUGCCUGUCUGCCUGCUUUAUAGAGCAAGCCACAGCCACGUGACUCACUGUCUGUAGGAGCGAAUCAUUUUGGUGAACAGGGUGGUGUACCUGAUAAACUGUGAGACACUCAUGGCUAGUUACUUUAUCAUGUGCUUUCUGUUUGGUCCUUAGGCAGCGUUUACACAGGCAACCAAAUUCUUAUAGGCAAAAUAAUUGCUCUGCUUGGUCAAAAGACCAAUUGGUGGCAAAAGAUCAUAAUUGGGCUGUCUGUGUAAACACAGCCUUUGUUGUGUUCUAGGUGUCAGGAACUCUGGUCUAAUAUAGAGCUACAAGUUAAUAUAACAGGUAUUUAAUAAGCAGCCUACAUUAUACAGGUUGAUGUAACAGGUAUUUAUUAGUCCAAUAUUUCUUACUAUACUGUAUAUAGCACCACGUCAGUCUUCCAUCCUAGAUUAAGGAAGUGGUGAUUAAUUGAAGACUAGUGGAAGUGAAGCUGAUCCUAGAUCGGCUGAGGUUAGGAUUAGGGGAAGCUGAUCUGCACCUAGGGGAAGCUGAUCUGCACCUAGGGGAAGCUGAUCUGCACCUAGGGGAAGCUGAUCUGCACCUAGGGGAAGCUGAUCUGCACCUAGGGGAAGCUGAUCUGCACCUAGGGGAAGCUGAUCUGCACCUAGGGGAAGCUGAUCUGCAGGGGAAGCUGAUCUGCACCUAGGGGAAGCUGAUCUGCACCUAGGGGAAGCUGAUCUGCACCUAGGGGAAGCUGAUCUGCACCUAGGGGAAGCUGAUCUGCACCUAGGGGAAGCUUCAACCCAGAGCCAAAAACUGCAACAUUGCUGCAGGAUAGCCUGUUUACUGGGCCAGAGUUCCUACAUCUUUGACAUUACACGAAGACUGCUUUCCUAAUAACUUGUUUCUAUAGAAGGGGACGCGGGGUGUUUUAUGUUCAUGCCAUUUAGGGCAACAAUCUCUCACUGUAUUUAUUUAAAAGAAAGGAAUUUGAUGUUUUAUUAGUGAAUAUUAAUUAAUGACAGCUACUCAGAAAUGCCUUAGGUUUUCAAAGCACAAGUAUGUCUCAUUCACUUUCUAUAUUGUGAUGAACUAUUACUCAGGCAACACAACAACGAUGUGUUUGACUGUGUUGCCAUUUUGUCCCUGGUGGAUAUCCAUUCACUGUUUCUUAUUAAAAUAUCAGAUAUAUUUACAA